GUCCGCAUUCCCCCCCCCCUCCCCACCUCGACGCCGCACCGCAGCCACCACUGCCUGGAUCGACACUCUGGCGCCGCUGCGAUUCGCAUCACGCCCCGGUUGCUCACCACUCUCGCCGCUCGCCAUUCGACGACAUGCCUCUGCCCCCGCCAUGUCAGUCGCUCUCGGCUGCUCUCACUGGCGAUUUCUAGUAACGUCGGUUGGAUCUGCAUCUGCCAGUCGCGAGUUUGGGGGUUGAGCAGAGGGGCCUUCUCCGCUCUCAUACACCUCGUCGACCUCGCAAUCUCCUCGCGGUGUCUACGACGCCCGUCCGCCCGUUCCGGCCGCUGUGAUGGGACAGUCUCCUGUCAGCUUCUUCUUCUACUCAUCAUGGCUCGCUCGAACCCAGUCAAGAGGCUCGCCGGCCUCCUUUGGGGCGACUGCCAGACCAAGGCCCCAUGGCAGCGCAUCAUCAAAAACUCUGUUGCUGCCGUCAUCGCCGUCAGCAUCGCCAUCCUCCCGUCUCUCAAGACCAAGUCCACCUUUCUGAUCCCCUUGAUUGCCGUCUUCGCCAACCCCGGCCAGCGCAUGGGCAGCAUGAUCGAGGCGCUGCUCAUGGUUCUCCUCGGGUCCCUGGUCGGCCUCGCGUGGUCGCUCUUGUCUCUGUACUUAUCCAGCCUCGUGGAGGACUCCAAUCCUCCGGCGGCUUACACGAUCCGCGCCCUGUUCCUCCUGACGACCACACUUGUGCAUGGCUACUUCCGGUCGUCAAGUCCGCGCCUCUUUCUCUUCGUUUACUUUCUCAUCGUUGAAUCGCUCUUGACCAUCCAACUACCCUCGACGGCGACCACGACGCUCUUCACAACCAUUUACGUCCCGACGCUGAUCGGUGCAGGUGUUGCUCUCGUCGUUCAUCUUGCCAUUUUCCCCGAGUUCUCCAGCAGCUAUCUGGGCUCGUCAACCAUCGACACGUUGAUGGACACUAUGGAGACCUUGGACCGCGCGACACAUUGGUUCAUUACGCCCGGAGGUGACGCCGAAGAGUGCAAGGAGCUGUUCGCUGCUUCGACACACAAGAGCUCCCAUGGCAAGCAAAUGUCAAGAUGGCAGUCGACAAAACGCCGCUUUGCCGGGCUCCUGGCACAACUUCCUAGCCCAUUCAAAGCUUCCAAAACGCCUUCUGCCUUCGCCGACAUUCCCUGUCACUUGACAAGUCUCGCUCAAUUGACUGCGCAAAAGUCGAAGCUUCGAGCGCAACUGUCCCGUUGCAAGGCCGCCCAGAAUGAAGUUAACUUUGAGAUCUCCAUAUCCGCGCUCCCACCCAUCUCGAUGAAACCCAUUAGCACCCAACUCAUGACAAGCGCUGUGCAAAACAUCAUUAUCCUCAUUGGAGCAUGCGAGAACAAGUUUAUCGUGCUCGGUAACGAAGACGACGCCGAAGAACCGAUUAUGGGCACAGAGCGGCCCUCUCGGCCGGUCACUCCGGACUUGACGCCCGACUCUGGACCGACAACGCCUGUCUCACGGCCAAAAUUCGACAAGCAGAAGAGCUAUGCAGACAGGAUUGAUAAGGUCAAGCCUGUCAAGGAACUCGAGACCGGCAGCGCCCAGCUUCUCGAGUCGAUCCUACAGCACAUCAAAGCCCCCGUGCUCGAGUUCCAGGCGUCAAUGGAUGACGCCGUCAUCCUCGUGGCGUCGUGUCUCGCCUACUGCUACGACGUGCCGACUCUGCCCUCGGGAGCUCCGGCUCCACAUGGAAUACAUUUGGAAGAAAUCGAUUUGCGGAUCGACGAGUUUACUGGAGCCAUUGCUCGGUUUGAUAGGAGGUCGACGGACGAGCUCAAGCGCGCUGCGAUGGAGUCGGGAGAGUCUGUCGACCUCAUGCCGCGCAUGGAGACGUUCUUGGCAUCGUCUUUCCUGCUUGCAUAUCGUGACUCGGCGGCUCAAGUGCUAGGAAUGCUCCGCCACGCUCGCAUCCUGGUUGACAAGAGACAGCGACGCCACAAUCGCUCACGGAUAUGGAUGCCUCACAUCACCAGUCUCCGCCAGUGGCUCAGCACGGGAGGAGAGUCUGACGCCAUGGUCCUCCCCGAAAGGGCGAAGAAAGCUGCCCGCACGGGCAAGGGUUCUCGCUCAGCACCAGCCGCCAAGGAUGAGGAGCCACCGCCAUACGACGACGGCCUUCGGUAUCCAGGAGACGAAGAAGCAGUCCCUGCGAAUGCUCCUUCAGAAAAGCCCACGAAGUCGAAAGACUUGAAUCACGGGCACAAAAGCCGCAAGAAGUCCAAAAGACCAGUGGGCAAGGGCUGGAUGAUGAUGACCCGCGCCUGCGCCGCCGAUGCAAUCGAGUGGGCUCAGGGCUCGGAUGACCUCCACUAUGCGGUCAAGCUGGCCAUGGCUGUGUUUCUAGUCACUUGGCCAGCUCUGGUGGCUUCUUGGAACGCCUGGUACACGGAGGUGCGCGGCGUGUGGGCGCCCAUGCAGCUCAUUCUCGUCUUCGAAGUGGCCAUUGGCACGUCAUUGUUCGCCUUUGGCCUGCGUAUAUUUGGUGUUGUGAUCGGCUGCACUUUUGGAUACCUGGCCGUCGAGAUCGGAAGAGGAAAUCGAGUCGCCGCCGUGGUAAUAUUGGUGUUGGGUAUCGUCCCCUCCGUGUAUGUACAGAUCACGACCAAGUACGUCAAGGCGGGCAUCGUUUCCAUUGUAUCCAUGGCAGUUGUCACGCUCGCGUCAAUCGACCUUGGCUCAGAGGCGGUCACGGUGUAUUACAAGCGUCUCGUCGCCUUCAUUAUAGGCGGGCUUGUUGCCGUUCUCGUCGAAGUUUGUAUCGCUCCCGUUCGAGCCCGGGACCGCCUUGUUGAGUCGCUCUCUGCAUCGGUCCGACAGGUGCAAAAGAUGCAAGCCAGCCUUGCUGUUGGCGUCGACACGCCAGAGCGACUCGAUUUGAAAUCAGAGAAGCUUCUGAACCGCUUCAAUCGUGCCCGCGACAAGGCGCAAGCAGCACUUGCGGCCGCAGAGACAUUUCUCCCCUUUUGCUUCAACGAACCGCGCCUCAAGGGCAGCUUCAAGCCUCUUGCUCCGAUUUACGAGGAAAUAAUAUACGUUCUACACCAGAUCAUUGACCGAAUGGACAGCGUCGUGCAGCUUCGCCUCGCUUACGGCUCCUCCAUCCUCGAGGACCUCAACUCAGAGGUGUACGCAUACAGGAGGAGCGUAGCCGCCACGUGCACCCUCACGCUCUUCUCUGUCAACGAGGCCCUCACCACGUGGUUGCCACUACCCCAGUUCAUCCCUUCGGCGCGUCUCGCUCAGCUGCGGCUGAUCAACCGCGUCCGCGCGAUCCUCAUGAGGCAAAGGUCGGAUGCCGACGUCUCCGGCGUCAGGCGGUUCUCGACUAGGGCCGAACUGGACGAAGAAACUGCGAGUCUAAUCACCAAGCGGAAAUUUCUCUCGUGGAACGCCAGCACCGCCGGCAUGAUGGAGAUCAUCGAGUAUCUCGAAGAGCUCAUAGAAUUGGUCAAGCUGCUGGUCGGAGUCAACGCCUUCCGAAGCGGCAUGCUCGAGCGGCCUAACUAUGGCGAUUACGCUCAGACCCUCGGCGGAGACCAAAAGCAACUGGCCAAGGUCGGGUCGUCGCAGUCCGGCGGCUCCGGGUCGACGGCGGAUGCCCAUGAGUCUGCCGCCACUUCCGCGAGCCACGCCGCCGACGCGGGAGUAUCGCUGCGGAGAGCCGCGACGUUCGCUCAACAGGCUUCGCAGCACGGCCAGCGCAACGCAGCUGGCGACGUUGGCGCCACCGCCGCCGCCGGCGAGGACGAGGACGAAGUCCUGCCCCUGAGCCUGCAGAGGGUCGGGACGAGGUUGCGGCGGGCUGAUACGGUGGUACGACGGAGACGAUUUACAUUUGGCGGGCAUUGAGCACGGCGUACUGUGUAAAGUGUUUGAUUUAAUACGUCGUAUUGUUCACUUGGCUUCUCAUACAUUAGCAUCAGCGGGUCGGCGUUUUAGAGGGCCGCCUGUAGACUGGUGUUGCAUCGAUGUUGGAUCCACGAUGCAUAUGAGAGGGGACAUGGUCUGUCAGGUUAGAUGGCGAUUAAUCCAAGAGGUCACUGUUCUUGCCCCACUGCCUUCCUUCUUGAGAGAGGAGAAAAUAGAAUCA